AUGUACCGGUAUUUAGGACAGUUAGUCACCCGGGGUGCGGCCGGCGGCCUGGCCUCCGGCUGCUCCGCCGCUGACUCUGCGCUCCCGGCGACGUGCGCGUCCGUGGUGCGGCGCCGCGGCUACAGCCAGGCCGUGGACCAGGAAGACGACCCCAACUUCUUCACCAUGGUGGAGGGCUUCUUUGACAAGGGCGCCGCUAUCGUGGAGGACAAGUUGGUGGAGGACCUGAAGACCCGGGAGACCCCCGAGCAGAAAAGGAAGCGGGUACGCGGAAUCCUGAAGAUCAUAAAGCCGUGUAACCACGUCCUGAGCGUCAGCUUCCCCAUCAAGAGAGACAACGGCGAGUGGGAGGUGAUAGAGGGCUACCGGGCACAGCACAGCCAGCACCGGACACCCUGCAAGGGAGGUAUCCGUUACAGUACAGAUGUGUCUGUAGAUGAGGUGAAAGCCUUGGCCUCCUUGAUGACUUACAAAUGUGCUGUGGUCGAUGUGCCAUUUGGUGGAGCCAAAGCUGGAGUGAAGAUUAACCCAAGAAAAUACUCCGACACUGAGCUGGAGAAAAUUACCAGGAGGUUCACUAUCGAACUUGCCAAAAAAGGCUUCAUCGGGCCAGGUAUUGAUGUUCCUGCUCCAGACAUGAGCACUGGGGAGAGAGAGAUGUCCUGGAUCGCAGACACCUUCGCCACGACUAUGGGACACUACGACAUCAACGCUCAUGCCUGCGUCACCGGGAAGCCCAUCAGCCAGGGAGGAAUCCACGGUCGCAUCUCUGCCACCGGACGAGGAGUUUUCCACGGCAUCGAGAACUUCAUUAAUGAAGCCGCUUACAUGAGCCAACUGGGGAUGUGUCCAGGCUUCCAGGACAAGACCUUUGUCAUCCAGGGUUUCGGUAACGUGGGUCUUCAUUCAAUGAGGUAUCUCCAUCGUUUUGGGGCCAAAUGCAUUGGAAUUGGAGAAAUGGACGGAAGCAUUUGGAACCCUAACGGUAUUGACCCCAAAGAGCUGGAGGACUACAAACUGGCCAAUGGGACCAUCGUCGGCUUCCCAAACUCAACACCCUAUGAAGGAAACAUCCUGGAGGCCGACUGCGACAUUUUGAUCCCGGCCGCUAGUGAGAAACAGCUGACGAAGAGCAACGCCCACAAGAUCAAAGCCAAGAUCAUAGCAGAGGGAGCUAACGGUCCAACCACACCUGAAGCAGAUCGCAUCUUCCUGGAGAGAAACAUCUUGGUCAUCCCGGACAUGUACCUGAAUGCCGGCGGUGUGACUGUUUCCUACUUUGAGUGGUUGAAGAAUCUGAAUCACGUCAGUUAUGGUCGACUCACCUUCAAAUAUGAGAGAGACUCCAACUACCACCUGCUAAUGUCUGUCCAGGAGAGUUUAGAAAGGAAAUUUGGGAAACAUGGUGGUGCCAUUCCCAUCGUCCCCACUUCGGAAUUCCAAGAUAGAAUCGCUGGAGCGUCUGAGAAGGACAUUGUUCACUCAGGUCUGGCCUUCACCAUGGAGCGCUCUGCCAGGCAAAUCAUGCGAACAGCGAACAGAUACAACCUGGGUCUGGACCUGAGGACAGCAGCGUACGUCAAUGCCAUCGAGAAGGUCUUCAAAGUUUACAGUGAGGCUGGACUCAUCUUUACAUAGAGUCACACGUCUACCAGUCUGUCCAUCAGCCUGUGUGUUUGUCCAUCAUUCUGUCUCCACCUGGCUGUGGUCUGUCCUUCUAUCUGUCCACCAGUCUGUCCACCUGUCUGUCCACCUGUCUGUCCACCAGUCUGUCCACCAGUCUGUCCACCAGUCUGUCCACCUGUCUGUCCACCUGUCUGUCCACCAGUCUGUCCACCAGUCUGUCCACCUGUCUGUCCACCAGUCUGUCCACCAGUCUGUCCACCUGUCUGUCCACCAGUCUGUCCACCUGUCUGUCCACCUGUCUGUCCACCAGUCUGUCCACCUGUCUGUCCACCAGUCUGUCCACCUGUUGCUGCAUACCUGUCUGUUACGUCUCCCUGUCUGUUACCUGUCUGUUCCUGUCCAGCUGUGUUAUCUCUGCUGGAUCUUCAGCACUUAUUGAAACAUUAAGAACCUCUUGGUGGUGUUUACACUUGUGCAGCAGCGGUGUAAAUGUGAUUUCUGUUUUUCUUUUUUCAUCCUUUGAUAUUUAGGUUUUUCUACCAAACUGAAGCCACUCACUGUUAGGUAAUCAGCUUUAACGCAGGCGGUCACUGCUCUGCUGAUCACAUAUAGGAACAGCAGGCCUUAAUAUUAGAGACGCAUUUGUGUCAAAAGUAUGUGGACAGCCCUGUCCUUAUGCUGGAGUAAACCUUUGAAUGGCUUCUUCCAUCUUAUGUUAAAACUGGAAUUAAUAAUAAUAUGUAAUACACAUUUUUUUGUCUAAAAUUUGCACAUUAUUUAUUUUUCUUAUUAGACUAGCAGAUGGAUUGAUAGUUUUAAGAGGCUGAAACGAGGUGACAGUUUUUGAUCGGUUUAAUUCAAAAUACUUUUCAAAUUCCACAGCUCCAUGAAUACUCCAGCUUAAUUUUUAAUGGUUUCAUGGUAUUUAAAGACCAGAAGCUCUAACACUGGCUACCCCAUUUUGCUUGGCCCAUAACCACGCUUGACCUUUGACCGUGUCACCAUCACCUGCAGAGUGGAGGCUGUCCACAUACUAUUGGCCACGUGCUGUACACAGUCUCCAUGUUGUCUUCAGAUGAAGCCUGUUAAACUGUAUCUUGUGGGUUUUUUUCCUAUAAUGUGCCUCAGGACUUUAAGCUUGAAUGUUUACAGAUCCCUAAAUAAAGGAGGAUUCCACUGUUUUCUCUUCUUUCCAGGCAGCACAGAUAGCACAGCUAGCUUUCAAUACAGAGUAUUUUCAUUAGUUACACUAUCACUGGAGUACAGUGGAGUAUUAGGGCAACAAGGGUGGGGAGCUGAUUAUUUCUGCAGAAUGAGAUUUCUUCUUAUUUUCCUUUUUUUUAUUGGAACACACAAUAUUAUAAUAUCAUUGUAACCAUGUGAUAAAAAGUCACAAUAAGACAGCACUAAAGUUAUGUUACUAUAUCAAAGCUGGGAAAUAUAUUUUGUCAAAAUAUGGCUAUUAUAAUAAAAUUUAAAUAUUCUGCAAAAUAUUAUCCUGUUCUUGUAAGUUGUCAUCUAUAUUCCUGUUUUAUUCACAAUAGUGUUUUGGCUACUAUUUCUCAAAAUAAUACAACUUUGUUCUUAUCAAUAUUACAUCAUAUUGUAUUUGUUUUGUCAGUGUGGUCGUAAUAAUCCCUCCCUUUGCGGUUAGUGCCUUAGUGGCUCGUACGUUCUACCUGCAGCGGUAGUGUACGAUCCGUGGCUGUCUGCUCACUCUCAGCCUUUGAAACAUGUGGAAUGAGCCUGUAAUUGUCCUCCUUUCUGCUUAAUGGAACAGAUGUGUCAUCUGUCAGUUGUCAGCAGGUCAGUAGUUGUCUUCCAUUAAACCAAAAGCCUUUUCUCUGUGUGUGUGUAUAUAUUGUCAUAUUAUGACAGACACAAGCAGGAAAAUGAGAAAUGCUGCAUCACAAGACUGUCAACCAGCCGGACUAAUCACAAAGUCACCGACUACUUUGUUCAAAUUAUAUAUAUAUAGAAAAUGUACCCACUGACAUCUGGAAAAUUGACAGCUUGUGUUUCCAAAGUGUAACCUGGUUAUAGUGAGUAUUAUUUGAAGGGAUUACAUGAUACUGAGUUAUUAUUAUUAUUAUUUUAUUUUAUUUUAUUUUUCAUUUAAACAUCAGUGCUCGUGCGACAAAAAAAACCUAUGCAAAUACAAACCUGUAUGCAAAGUUGAUCUGUAUUGUGGACAGAGUGUCUUUGUUCUCCUCUCCACCCCUCUGAAUGACAGGGGACUGUCUUCUCUGUCUGGGCACCAGUGGAGCUCAAGUCUCCAUAGCCCAUUUUAACGGAAUGCUUUGGGAUGUGUAUGAGGGAGUUUUAUGCCUUUAUGUUACGACAAAAUGUUACAGCAGAAUAAAAUAAGGAGAAUGACA